AUGGGCUUCAUUGGGUCAUCUGUAUACGGUAAAAUCGAAGGUGGGAAGAGAAAUGGCGGGACCGAUAAAACUGUCGCAGUUAACCCAGAGCCGAAGAAGCAUUGGCCGGAACAAGUCGGCGUCGGAGACAUUGUCCUCGUGAGGUCCCCUGAGAACCCUCGCAAAGUAAUGGCGAAGCGCUUGAUGGGCAUGGUAGGUGAUUCUGUUACCCAUGUUGUAGACCCGAAGAAUAAUGAUUGGUGUGAAACUGUUGUGGUUCCUAAGGGACAUGUUUGGAUAGAGGGAGAUAAUAUGUAUGAUCCAAAGGAUUCAAGAUAUUUUGGGGCCGUCCCAUAUGGUCUUCUGCAAGGGAAAGGAUUAUGUGGUUCCUGUGUUCUAUUUGCAUUCAGAGUACAAAUAGAUACUGAUAAUGAAGUUGAAAGUGUAUAA